GCGAAUCACUCCUGCGAUCCGAACACCGCUGCUAUUUUCAACCAGCCCCGACAACUUCUUCGCGCUUUGAGGCCGAUCAAGAAGGGCGACGAGAUCACGAUGAAGUACGUCGACAUCACGAACCCUUUCUCCGUCCGUCAAGCCGAGCUCAGCGAAGCCUACUUUUUUGGCUGCAAAUGUAUCAGAUGC